AUGGUGAAUUUAAUAUCCAGAUGGGCGGUAUCUACAGUCAUGACUCGUCAGAACAACAUAGUACAGGGAACCAGCUUCACACUGACCAACGCUUUCAUACCAUUGUGGGACAUGUGUAAUCAUAAACACGGCAAGAUAACGACCGAUUUCAACUUGGAGUUGAACCGCGGCGAGUGUUACGCGUUACAAGACUUCAAGCAAGGCGAACAGAUAUUCAUAUUCUAUGGAGCGAGACCGAACUCGGACCUCUUCCUGCAUAAUGGAUUCGUGUACCCGAACAAUGAUUACGACAGUUUAUCCAUCGCGAUGGGUAUAAGUGCCAACGACGCUUUAAGGAAUGGAAAAAUCAAUCUAUUGAAAAAACUCGGCCUAUCUGGCGUCACACACUUCUCGUUAUACAAAGGAAAAAGUCCGAUCAGUGUGGAACUACUAGCUUUUAUAAGGAUUUUCAAUAUGAAUCAAGAGGAAUUAGAGAAAUGGUCGGCCGAGAGCAUCCCAAGUGAUUUGCUGUCUUUUGAAACUGAAAGUGAAUACAAUAUGGCGUCUAUUGAUAAAAGAGGUUUCACUUACCUGCUGACUAGGUGCGGACUUAUCAGGGCUACUUAUAAAGACAGUGGUGGAGAAGUACAGGAUGAACACAGGAAAAACAUAAAACUAUUGAAGGAAUGUGAAGUACAAAUAUUAGAAAAUGCCAUAAAGUACUUAAAAGAUGUCAUAGACAAGAUUUCCGUUGACGAGAAAUAA